AAACCAGAGGUGAGACUGUGCCUGUAAGCAGUGGAGACUGAGUUCAGAAGGUAAGUAUGGACUUCUGAACUACCUUUUCUUUAAGUGUUUGGGCUACCAUAUAGAGCAAGAAAGAUCUUUUUAAUCAGGAAACUAACCCUGCAGUGUGAUUCACAUCUGGGUAGAGCAGAUUCUUAAGCACUGAGGGAAAGAAUAGGACAGAAAUGGGGAGUUUAGACAAAAGCGGUAAAUGCAUAUGUAUGUAGAUACAUCCACUUACUUUUGUGCUUGAAGCAAUGGUGAUUUGUGGGUUUCCACCAAAGUGGUGAUGCUGCGAGCCUGACUUCACCUGCAGUUUCCUGCCAAGCACCAGGCUGUCUGUUCAGAAGGACAAAGGUCGCCAGCAAGUUUGGAAUGGUAUCUGCCCAUCUCCAGUGGCAACAGGCGCACGGGCACAUGUCCAAGACUCAGCUUCAGAUCCAGGCACCGUAACACAGGUGUUGAUCUAUGAGCUGUGUGUAGCGGGGCCCUCUGUAGUCAGUGUAGUCAGUUUGGUGGAUCUAAGGCUGAGAAGACUACAAAAAAACAAAAAACAAAAAAACACAAAACAAAACAAAAAACCAAGUCUUUCUUUCUGUGUCAGAGGUUUAAGACUGUUAAAAUCUACUUAUGGCUGAUGGAGUUAUUAUUUACUUUAGAAAGCUGCAGCUGAUGGGAGGGUUUUAUUGUCUACUUGUGAUUACUCUUCACAUAAUUCAAUGGUAUAAAGGAUUUCUCACUCCUGUAAAGCAAUAAAAUGUUGCCUAAUGCUUUUCACUGCCUAUGUUUUCCCGCGCAGUUGUAGAACCCUUGGCUGUAUAGUUAACAUCCUAUUUACUGUAAGUUUUGGUGCAUUACAAGCAGGGUCAAUGUGUGUUGGAAUGAUACUAUGCAAUGGUUCCGAUAAGCGUGGUGAUGAAGAGGCACCAGUUGGCUGCGGAUAGAUAGAUAAACUGUACAGUCACGUCAUUAAAACUGUUCACUCAGCAUUUGUAGAAACAAAUGCAACCACUGACUUACAGGCAGGACCCUAAUUAGCAACCGUUGUUUGCGUUCUAAAACUGGAGGUGAUAUUUUCUCUUUUGUAUUUGGGUUAUGUUGUCAAAAUCACAUGAGCCAUCCUUUCCUAUUGUAAAAGCAUAACUUAAUUCUUACCGUAAUUGUUCUCAUUGCUCUUUAAAAUGGCGUUUUGGCAAAGUAUUGCCUGAAUGUACAAGCACACUUAAAAAGCAGCGUGAUUUGAAGAAAAUAUCUCUAGAAUGCACUGAGCCUUAUUUAAAUGGAAAAUGAAGUGUGAGUGCAGUCAUGUGAUAGCAACAGUGUGAGCGCUGCAGCUUUUGUUUUUCGCUCUGAGGAAACUGAAAUCAUCUGUAGGAUUUCUGUUUGUUUGUUUUUAUCUUGUUUUGGUUUUAGGACAUCCUUAUGAUACCCAUUUCUACGUUCUUUUCCUCCCAUUCUGUAGUGUAUGACACUAUCAUGUUUGUGAAGGGGGGAUUCGAGUCCUGGUUUUUAGCAAUUAGGGCAAUGAAACACAGAGAAAUUAAGGCAAAUAUAUGCUCCAGCUUCAACACAAACAACCCAUUUGUUUGUCCAUACUGCAUGAAGUAGGUUCAUGCCGACUUUCUGCCUGUGCCACACUCCCUCAUGGUGCAAAGGUGUGUGCCAUGAUGGGAGCUGCAGAGAUCAUGGUGUGCUGGUGCCCUGGGAUACAUUUUGGGGGCACCUGCAGACAGGUUGCCGGUGUGGUUUUGGGGGAGACCAUAAGCACCAAGGAGACAGGCUGAGGCCAUCCAAGAUGACUGAUUUAGCAACUGAUUUAGUGGUUGGCAACUCUGCCCCUGGCAGGGGUUUGGAACUAGCUGAUCUUUGAAGUCUCUUCCAACCCAAGCUAUUCUAUGAUUCCAUGAGUGCCAAGGCAGCUCAAUCUGCCUCUUGGAACAGAGGGAAGAUCAAUGAUUCAUUUACUUUAAGGAUGAAGUGGAUGACAGAUGAAGCUGUGUGACCCACUCUGACAUCUGGCAAAAAAAAAGAAAAGCUAGCUACACUUUAGCCUGCAGUAAAACACCUUUUCCUUUCCCUCUUUUCAGUGGGGAUCACAGCAAUGAAGGUUACUGAGUAACUGCCCUGAGGGCAUGGUAGGAUUUCCAGUGGCUUUGUAUUAAUCUCUUGUAAUACAGCGAGGUUCCCCCUCCAGCUCAGUAUUCAGAUUGCUUGUUUAAACACGUCUGUUUUUGCAGAAGACCACGAAAACCCCUUCCUAGUAGCACUGGAAAGAUUUUACCACUCAGUGCAUCUUUCCUAUUACAGGACAAGAGCUUAAUAUUUUUCAAGGCACCAGGAGCUCAGAAGCAUGUCGGGGAAGCCCAGGCUCACCUAUGUCAAUGGGAGAGGGCGAAUGGAGUCCAUCCGAUGGCUGCUGUCUGCAGCUGGAGUGGAGUUUGAAGAAAUUUUUCUGGAAACAAGAGAGCAGUUAUUGAAGUUAUGCCAAGAUGGAUCCCUGCUGUUCCAUCAACUGCCACUGGUUGAGAUCGACGGGAUGAAGUUGGUGCAGUGCAGAGCCAUCCUCAGCUACAUCGCAGGGAAAUACAAUCUCUAUGGGAAAGACCUGAAGGAGAGAGCCCUGAUCGACAUGUAUGUGGAAGGAAUAUCAGACCUGAUGCAAUUGAUUUUGGUGUUUCCUUUCUCUCCACCUGAGGCAAAGGAGAAAAAUCUUGCCACAAUUGCAGAGAAGGCAACAGAGAGGUACUUCCCUGUCUUUGAAAAGGUUUUGAAACAGCAUGGCCAAGACUUUCUUGUGGGAAACCGAUUCAGCUGGGCAGAUGUUCAGCUCAUGGAAGCCAUUUUAGCAGUGGAGGAGAAAGUGCCUUCUGUGCUUUCUGGGUUUCCUCAGCUGCAGGCUUUUAAAACCAAAAUGAGCAACAUGCCUACAAUUAAGAAGUUCCUGCAGCCUGGCAGCCCAAGGAAGCCCCCACCAGAUGAACAUUAUGUAGCAACUGUGAAGAAAAUUUUUAAGCUAAACUGAGUGCAGUGUUAACUUCACUAAGUCCCAAAGUGCUGGGAAGAAAGACAUCAAAACCCAAAACCUUAAAGGAAGUAGGAAACUCAGUAAAGUUUUAUUGUACUUAAAAGCAAUGGUAGAAAUAAUAGAAGAGUGAAAUAAAGCAUUCUGUUUGGCAAUGUGA